AUGACAUCAACUCAACAAACAGGUGUGCCUUUUGAACGUAUUCGUGGCUCACCUGGAUUCAAUGUUAAUAAUCUUGAAUGUUCUAUUUGUCAUGAAUUACUUUGGAAACCAGUUGCCUGUCGAACAUGUGAAACACCUUUCUGUUCAACAUGUAUCAAUCAAUGGUUGAUCAACCAUCCAAACCAGUGUCCAAAUCAAUGCCAAAUAUUCGCUGAACGAAAAUGUCCUCCAUUCAUUGUUAAACUACUUUCUCAAUUACAAAUUGCUUGUUUCUAUCAAUCUACUGGUUGCAAUGAAAUCAUUUCAUAUGAAGGAUUAGAUAAACAUGAGAUCGAAUGUAAUUUCCAGUCUCAACAAUGUCCUGGUUGUCAAUUACAAAUAAUAAAAGAAGAUUUUGAUAAUCAUAUAAGUAACUGUACAUCAAUCGAAUUAACUUGUCAAGAUUGCAAAAUUGUAUAUAAAAGAGGUGAUGCUGAUAGAAAACAUACAGAAAAUAUUUGUUUGAAAGAACAAAUUCGACAACUUCGAGAUGAAUACAAAGAGAAUAAACGUGAAAUGCACGAACUUACACUUCAAUUACAUGAAAUGCGCUUAUUGAAUCCAUUGAUAAAAAAAAUAAGAAUUACAUUUGAUGAUCUCGACGGUACACUCGACAAAUUAUCUUGUAUUUCAGCUGAAUAUCGAGGAUUGAAAUGGACUGGAAUUUCUUCUAUGCACAAAUCGUACGCAAUUCAAAAAUACCCAAAAAGUGGAUAUGCGACAUCCUUUACGUCUGACGGUAGUUCAACCAUAGUAUUUUUCAAGGAUGAUGCAUCGAUCGGCGUCAAAAAUUCAAAUGAAAAAUUUACCUUUGUUUCUGUCACUGCAUGUGCUGCUUGGGCUGACAAUUUACAAGUAACCAUUACAGGAUGCCGAAAUUCAAUAGAGAUCAACAAACAUACAGCAAUACUUCUUUUUGGUAAACCGCAACUUAUUCUUCUUUAUUGGAAAGAUAUAGACAAGAUCAUCUUUAAAUCAUAUAGCAGUAGUGCUCAUCCGGAUAGCGGUGGAUCGAACUGCACUCAUGUUGUAUUAAGUCAGCUAACAAUUGGCCAAGAAAAAAAUUUUCCUCUAUUUCGUCAACGAAAUCAAAUUGUUUCAUUAGAUCGUAAGGAAUUUAUUGAGAUAAAACUUAUUGAAAUAGCUGCACUUGCUGAUAAACGUGAUACAUCAAAACAUCAACAAUAA